ACCAAUUGCUGGCCUCCACGAUUGGGAAGCGCUGACGGUUUUAUAUAGGGGCAACACUCAAUUCAUUCUAUCUCAAAUCUACUGGACAAGAAUACUUACUGAACAACUAGCAAUCGGCGAUCUCCGUAGACUGCGUUCCAAGUGAAUUCUCAAUCCAACGACUAAGAUUUAUUCAUUUUUUCCCAAGGAAUCUUUAGUUAAAAGAGAGCCAUGAUGAAGUUCCUAUGGCUGUUACUGGUGGUGGCUAGCACCGCCUACGGUGACGAUGACGACAAGAGGGAGAAUGUCGGCACUGUCAUUGGUAUCGACUUAGGCACCACCUACUCAUGCGUUGGCGUCUUCAAGAAUGGCCGCGUCGAGAUCAUCGCCAAUGACCAAGGCAACCGCAUCACCCCAUCCUAUGUGGCAUUCACCAGCGAGGGCGAGCGUCUAAUCGGUGAUGCUGCAAAGAACCAGUUGACCUCCAACCCCGAAAACACUGUGUUUGACGCCAAGAGGUUGAUUGGUCGCACAUGGGCCGACUCAUCCGUGCAACAAGACAUCAAAUACCUGCCCUUCCAGGUGAAUGACAAGAAGAGCAAGCCCCACAUUCAAGUUGAUAUUGGCGGUGGUCAGAUGAAAACCUUUGCCCCCGAGGAGAUAUCUGCUAUGGUGCUGACCAAGAUGAAGGAGACAGCUGAGGCAUACCUGGGCAAGAAGGUCACUCAUGCCGUGGUCACUGUUCCUGCCUACUUCAAUGACGCCCAGCGCCAAGCCACUAAAGAUGCCGGUACCAUUGCUGGGCUUAAUGUGAUGAGAAUCAUUAAUGAGCCAACCGCUGCCGCCAUUGCCUAUGGCUUGGACAAGAAGGAUGGCGAGAAGAACAUCCUAGUAUUCGACCUGGGUGGUGGCACCUUCGACGUUUCUCUGCUGACCAUUGAUAACGGCGUGUUUGAGGUGGUGGCCACCAACGGCGACACUCACUUGGGAGGCGAGGACUUCGAUCAACGUGUCAUGGAGCACUUCAUCAAGCUUUACAAGAAGAAGACAGGCAAGGACGUGCGCAAGGACAACCGUGCCGUGCAGAAGCUGCGUCGCGAAGUGGAGAAGGCCAAGCGGGCGCUGUCUGCCCAACACCAGGCCCGCAUCGAGAUCGAGUCCUUCUUUGAGGGCGAGGACUUCUCCGAAACAUUGACCCGUGCCAAGUUUGAGGAGCUCAACAUGGAUCUGUUCCGUUCCACCAUGAAACCCGUGCAAAAAGUGCUGGAGGACUCUGACCUGAAGAAGUCCGACAUUGACGAGAUCGUUUUGGUUGGCGGCUCGACACGUAUCCCCAAAAUCCAGCAGUUAGUGAAGGAGUUCUUCAAUGGCAAGGAGCCCUCCAGAGGCAUCAACCCUGACGAGGCCGUUGCUUACGGUGCCGCCGUACAAGCUGGCGUGCUCUCAGGAGAAGAGGACACCGGUGAUGUGGUUCUGCUGGAUGUGUGCCCUCUUACUCUUGGUAUUGAGACAGUGGGAGGAGUCAUGACCAAGCUGAUCCCCAGAAACACUGUGGUGCCCACUAAGAAGUCUCAGAUCUUCUCCACGGCUUCUGACAACCAGCCUACUGUCACCAUCAAGGUCUACGAAGGUGAGCGUCCUCUGACAAAGGACAACCACCUGCUGGGAACCUUUGACCUGACGGGCAUCCCCCCUGCCCCACGCGGCGUGCCCCAGAUUGAGGUCACCUUUGAAAUUGACGUCAACGGUAUCCUCCGUGUCACGGCCGAAGACAAAGGAACGGGUAACAAGAACAAGAUCACCAUCACUAACGACCAGAACCGCUUAACGCCCGAAGACAUCGAGCGCAUGGUUAACGAUGCAGAGCGUUUCGCCGACGAGGACAAGAAGCUAAAGGAGCGCAUCGACGCCCGCAACGAGCUGGAAAGCUAUGCCUACUCCCUGAAGAACCAGAUUGGGGACAAGGAGAAGCUUGGCGGUAAGCUGUCGGAUGAAGACAAGGAGACCAUCGAGAAGGCGGUGGAGGAGAAGAUUGAGUGGAUGGAGUCACACCAGGAAGCCGAUUUGGAGGACUUCCAGGCCAAGAAGAAGGAGCUAGAAGAGGUAGUGCAACCAAUCAUCACAAAGCUCUACGGCAGCGCGGGCGGCCCGCCACCAGAGGGCGCUGAAGAGAAGGAUGAGUUGUAGACUGCAUGAAAUUUGUAGUCACUCGCCCAUCUUAAAAACAAAAAAAAACAAAAACGUUCAUGUACAUAUUGAACUGGUGGGACUUUAUUAUAAGAGGGAUCUCUGGCCACCCUACUCAUUCUUCUGAAAGACAUUGAAACGAGUUGCAGCUCGUUUAGGUAUUUUCUUCGCUGUUGGGCGGAGAUUUGUCAGCCUGGAUUCUCAAGGCUUUCUGCUGCUGUUCUCAUGCAGUCCUGAUGGGGAUCACGUAGUAAUAGUAGAGUAGUUAAAGGGGGAGGGAGGGUUGGGAGGGC